AAAUCGCCCUCCAGCUGUUCACUCUUCCUAACACAGCUGCUGCCCAGUGGAGGCUGAGCAAAACAGAGAAGGCAGCACGGGAAUACAUCGGGGACGAAGAACAUUUGUCAAGCCUCCACUACACUGCCUUCUUCUUCGCUCCAACAAGUUUAACAGAAAUAGUGGAAUAGAGUGUAUUCAAGCAACUAAAGUCACCGAUAAGGAAAAUGGCUAGGGGUCCUGUGACGGGGCUGCUGGUCGCGCUGUGCAUAGGCACAGCGGUCCAUUGUCUGCCCAAGACUUCGGAAAGAGCCAAACGAACGGUCCAGCAACAAGUUAUUCCCGAAAUGGAUGACCCUGAGGCCGUUCCCUACCCCUCAACCGGAUGCACGGAUAGCGGUCGUAUGUUUAGAAUAAACAACCAGUGGGAGCGGACAUAUCUGGGCAGCACACUGCUCUGCACUUGUGAGGGUGACGCAGGAAUUAAAUGCGUAACGAAGCCCGCAGCUGAAGAGACUUGCUACGACAAAAUUAACCUGCGGACGUACAGAGUCGGAGAGACAUACGACCGUCCCAAGGAUGGCAUGAUCUGGGACUGCACAUGCAUUGGCUCCGGAAAAGGCAAAAUCAGCUGCACCAUCGCCAACCGCUGCCACGAGGGAGGGAACUCCUACAAGAUUGGGGAUACUUGGAGAAGGCCCCACGACACUGGAAACUACAUGUUAGAGUGUGUUUGCUUGGGCAAUGGAAAGGGAGAGUGGACCUGCAAACCCGUGGCGGAGCGUUGCUAUGACAAUGCUGCAGGAUCCUCAUAUGUGGUCGGGGAGACUUGGGAGAAACCUUACCAGGGCUGGAUGAUUGUGGACUGCACUUGCCUUGGAGAGGGCAAUGGUCGCAUCACCUGCACUUCCAGAAACCGUUGCAAUGACCAGGACACAAAAACCUCCUAUCGCAUUGGAGACACCUGGACCAAGACUGAUGCUCGUGACCAAACCCUGCAGUGUCUGUGCACUGGAAAUGGCCGAGGAGAGUGGAAGUGUGAGAGACAUACUUCCAGUCACGCUACAGGGACAGGUGUGAGCACCCAGGUGAGGCCGGCGCUGCACCAGCCCAACGCCCUGCCCGAGCCUCCCGCCGAGGGCACGUGCACCUCCGUCUCGGGGGUCACCUACCACGUGGGCAUGCGCUGGAUCAGGACCCAGGGGAGCAAGCAGAUGUUGUGCACCUGCCUGGGCAAUGGAGUCAGCUGUGAGGAGUGGGAGGGCCAGUCUCUUGUGUAUGGUGGGAACUCGGACGGCAAGCCAUGCGCCUUCCCCUUCGUGUACAGCGGUAAAACCUACUACUCUUGCACCUCUGAGGGGCGCUCUGAUGGGCAGCUGUGGUGCGGCACCUCCUCCAACUACGACGCUGACCAGCAGUACUCCUUCUGUACUGAAAAGACUGCUCUGGUGACGACCCGCGGCGGUAACUCCAACGGUGCUCUUUGCCAGUUCCCCUUCAUCUACAACGGCCGCAACUACUCCGACUGUACAUCCGAUGGUCGCCGCGACAACAUGAAGUGGUGCGGCACCACUUACAAUUACGACGAAGAGCAGCAAUUUGGGUUCUGCCCUAUGGCUGCCCAUGAGGAGGUGUGCACCACCAACGACGGCAUCAUGUACCGGUUGGGCGACGAGUGGGACAAGCGCCACGACGUCCUGGGUCACAUGAUGCGCUGUACGUGUAUGGGCAACGGCCGCGGUGAAUGGAGCUGCACUGCCGUCUCUCAGCUCAAAGACCAGUGCGUUGUUGAUGGCCUGACCUAUGAUGUGAACCAGCUGUUCAGCAAGCGACACAAUGAGGGUUACAUGAUGAACUGCACCUGCUUUGGCCAGGGGAGAGGCCGCUGGAAGUGCGAUGCCAUUGACCAGUGUCAGGAGCCUGAGACCAAAGCAUUCUACCAGAUUGGAGAGUCCUGGGAUAAAGUCAUCCACGGAGCCCGCUACAGGUGCUACUGCCAAGGCAACGGCAUCGGAGAGCACGCGUGUGAACCUCUGCAGGCCGGUGUCCAAGGUCCAGUGAGGGUGAUCAUCACAGAGGGGAGCACCCAGCCCGACUCCCACCCCAUCCAGUGGAACCCACCCGCCUCAGCCCACAUCAUCCACUACGUCCUCAAGUGGAGAGUGAAAAACACUCACAGACCCUGGAGGGAGGCUAAGAUCCCUGGACACUUGAACUCUUACACCAUCUCUGGCCUGAAGCCUGGCCUCACCUACGAGGGCCAGCUCAUCAGCAUCCUGAGGCAGGGGAGCCGGGAGGUCACCCGCUUUGACUUCACCACCACCUACGGGACCUUGAACACGGCUGAGGGAGAGACCAGACAGACCUCUCCAGAUGUGGUGGAUAUCUCUGAGUCUGUGACGGAGAUCACCUCCAACAGCUUCGUCAUCUCCUGGGUGUCUGCCUCCGACACCAUCUCUGGCUUCAGGGUGGAGUACGAGCUCACAGAGAACGGAGUACCCAUGACUCUCGAGCUUCCCAACACCCAGAAGUCCGUAACCAUCUCCGAACUGCUGCCUGGUCGUCGCUAUAACGUGCGCGUGCACGAGGUCUCACCUGCGGGCGAGGACACCCUCAUCCUCACCACGACACAGACCACCGCUCCUGAUGCUCCAGCAGAGCACAACAUCAAUGAAAUUGGAGAGAGCGCCAUCAUCAUCAGCUGGACCAAGCCCCAAGCUCCUAUCACUGGUUACCGUGUGGUGUACACACCAUCCAUUGAAGGCAGCAGCACUGAGCUCAACCUUCCUGACACUGCUACCCAGGUAACCCUGGGCGACCUUCUACCCGGUAUACUGUACAAUAUCAGCAUCUUUUCUGUCGAGGACGACAUGGAGAGCGAGCCUGUGUUCGUGCAGGUGACCACCGCUGGAGAGUCCACAUCUGAGGAAGUGCAGGCUCCCACGGACCUCCAGUUCUACGAGGUGUCUGACGUGAAAAUCACCAUCACCUGGACGGGUCCCCCGAGUGAGGUGUCCGGCUACCGUGUGGCCUUCACCCCUGUCAUCCCCGGCGGCCCUACCCAGAGGCCUUUGCAGUUGCCCGUUACCCAUAAUGCCUAUGCUGAGAUCACUCAUCUCCAGCCUGGCACCCUCUACCGCUUCUUCAUCUACACCAACAAUGGAGGAGUGGAGAGCCAGCCACUGGUUGGAGAGCAGUCAACAAAGCCUGACGCCCCCGGCCACCUGCGCUUUGAUGACAUCACCGAGGACAGCGCCCUGCUGAUCUGGUCGGCCCCACGGGCCUCCGUGACAGGCUACCGCCUCUUCGUGACCGUGGAGGGCUCCAACCCCAAGCAGCAGCGCAUCCCCGGGGACGUGACCCAGUACAGGCUCCCCAACCUGCAGCCCGACACCGACUACACCAUCAGGCUGCACUCGGAGCAGGGCAACACCCUCAGCGAGGGCGUGGAUGGCAUCUUCACCACCUCUCAAGCCAUGGGCCAAUCACCACGCUUCACCACUGAUGUCACCGACACCUCCAUCAUCAUCUCUUGGACUCCUGUACCCCGCUUUAGUUACAGGAUGUCAGUGAAGCCGAGCCAGGGCGGAGAGGCUCCCAGAGAUGUGACCUCUGACCUCGGCAGCAUCAUCAUCUCUGGCCUGACCCCAGGGACCGAGUACAUCACCAGCGUCCAGCCUAUUGUCAACGGACGCAAGCAAGGACCCCCCAUCACCAGUAGAGUCACCACCCCUCUGUCUCCACCAACUGACCUCAACCUGGUUUCAAACCCAGACAAUGGUGACCUCACUGUGAAGUGGGUCGCCUCCAGUACACCUGACAUCACCGGUUAUAGAGUGACAUGCAACCCGACCAAUGGGCAGCGUGGGAACACUCUGGAGGAGAACGUGAGGCCCGACCAGACCGACUGCACCCUCGAGAACCUGAGCCCAGGGGUGGAGUACAAUGUCAGCGUCUUCACCGUCAAAGACCAGAUGGAGAGCGAGCCCGUCUCUACCACUGUAACCCAAGACGUCCCCCGGCUAAGCGGCGUUUCCUUCGUCAAUGUCACCGACACCACUAUUGGCCUGAGGUGGAUUCCUCUAAACCUGCCCACCGUAACGGGCUAUCACGUUAUGGUGACGGCUGCUGGCGAGAGCGUGCCCCUUCUUGAGGACAUGCUCGAGACGACCGCCGACUAUUACACGGUGCGCGGGCUGGAACCAGGCAUCGACUAUGACAUCAGCAUUACCGCGGUUACGGAGGGAGGAGAGGGCGAACCGGCAACCGUCACACAGCAGACAAGGCCCAGAGCUGUUGUCCCUUCACCCACAAACCUGCAUUUUGAUGAGGUUGGAUCAGAUACCAUGCGAGUAUCCUGGACCAUGUCUCGAACCACGGAGAUCUCUCGCUUUCUCAUCCGCUACCAGCCCAUGGAAGACAGUAACGUCCAGGAGAUCAAUGUGGGGAAGACUACUGACUCUACUGUCCUGCAGAACCUGCAGCCAAACACUGAAUACCAGGUCAGCGUGGUGUCUGUGUAUGAAGACCAUGAGAGUCAACCUAUCACUGGGACUCAGAGAACAACUUUCGACUCCCCCACUGACCUCACCUUCUCCGAGAUUUCCUCCAACUCCUUCACCGUCCGCUGGGUGGCACCUCUUGCCCGCAUCAACGGCUACCGCCUGCGCUACCAGCCAGUCAGUGGAGGCCGUCCCAAGGAUGAGCGCCUGCCCCCCACCCGGAACCAGUUCACCCUUACCAACCUGCUGCCCGAGACCGAGUACGACAUCUACAUCUUCGCCAUCAGUGGCCGUGACGAGAGCCAACCCCUGGAAGGACGCCAGACCACCGUCACCGAGGCCCCAACUGGUCUGGAGGUGACCGACUCCACUCCCUCCACCCUCACCAUCAGCUGGAACCAUCCCCCAGUGACUGUGCGUUACUACAGAAUCACGCACGGAGAAUCAGGUGAACAACCCACAAAGGAAUUCACAGUCCCCGGGACUCGGUCCACGGCCACCAUUGAGAACCUCCAGCCCGACACGGAGUACACCAUCACUGUCUACGCCGUCACGGGCAGAGGGGACAGCCCUGCCUCCAGCACCCCCAUCUAUGUCACCCAUAGGACCAACACUAUUGGGGGGCGCCCCUACAUUCCAUCUCCCUCUUCCAUGGACGUGACGGAAGUGCAGGACAAUGCCAUCACUGUGCGCUGGAGCCCCGCCAAAGGCCCCAUCACUGGCUACAGGGUCACCGGUGCUCCCAAGGACGGGGACGGACCCACCUUCUCUGAGGUUGUCGGGCCUGAGAAGACUGAGAUGACUCUUACAGGCCUGUCACCCACUGUAGAGUAUGUUGUUAGUGUGUUCGCCAUCGGCAAGGCCGGAGAGAGCCCCCCAGUGGUGGAAAACGCCAUUACAGGAGGCAGUGGUGGCCACCCCACCGACCACCCUACCGACCUCUCCUUCACUGACGUGGAGACGUCCUCUCUCCGUGUCACCUGGGAUGCUCCCCUAGACCGUGUGACCUACUACAGGGUUUUGUACACCAGUCCAGAGGAGGGCGAGCGUGAGCUGUACCCAGCACCUCGUGGCACCGACACCAGCGCUGUGAUCCCUGGCCUUCGCCCCAACACUGAGUACACCAUCCAGGUCAUCCCCGUGCAGGGACGUUCACCCUUGACCACACUGCUAGGCAAGCAGGCCACCAAAGGCCCAACAGCCGGCAGAGUUGACCGCCCUACCGACCUCUCCUUCACUGACGUGGAUACGACCUCUCUCCGUGUCACCUGGGACGCUCCCACAAACCGUGUGACCAACUACAGGGUUUUGUACACCAGUCCAGUGGAGGGUGAACGUGAGCUGUACCCAGCACCUCGUGGCUCCGACACCAGCGUUGUGAUACCUCGCCUCCGCCCCAACACUGAGUACACCAUCCAGGUCAUUCCUAUGCAGGGACGUACACCCCUACCAACACUGGUGGGAAAGCAAGCCACAAGAGGCCCCACAGCCGGCAGUGGUGAGCACCCUACCGACCUCUCCUUCACUGACGUGGAAACGAGCUCUAUUAGUUUCACCUGGGACGCUCCCACAGACCGUGUGACCAACUACAGGGUUUUGUACACCAGUCCAGUGGAGGGCGAACGUGAGCUGUACCCAGCACCUCGUGGCUCCGACACCAGCGCUGUGAUCCCUGGCCUUCGCCCCAACACUGAGUACACCAUCCAGGUCAUCCCCGUACAGGGACGUACACCCCUACCAACACUGGUUGGAAAGCAAGCCACAAAAGGUCCCCUAGCCGGCAGAGUUGACCGCCCUACCGACCUCUCCUUCACUGACGUGGAUACGAGCUCUAUUAGUUUCACCUGGGAUGCUCCCACAAACCGUGUGACCAACUACAGGGUUUUGUACACCAGUCCAGAGGAGGGUGAACGUGAGCUGUACCCAGCACCUCGUGGCACCGACACCAGCGCUGUGAUCCCUGGCCUUCGCCCCAACACUGAGUACACCAUCCAGGUCAUUCCUAUGCAGGGACGUACACCCCUACCAACACUGGUGGGAAAGCAAGCCACAAGAGGCCCCACAGCCGGCAGUGGUGAGCACCCUACCGACCUCUCCUUCACUGACGUGGAAACGAGCUCUAUUAGUUUCACCUGGGACGCUCCCACAGACCGUGUGACCAACUACAGGGUUUUGUACACCAGUCCAGUGGAGGGCGAACGUGAGCUGUACCCAGCACCUCGUGGCUCCGACACCAGCGCUGUGAUCCCUGGCCUUCGCCCCAACACUGAGUACACCAUCCAGGUCAUCCCCGUGCAGGGACGUACACCCCUACCAACACUGGUGGGAAAGCAAGCCACAAAAGGUCCCUUAGCCGGCAGAGUCGACCGCCCUACCGACCUCUCCUUCACUGACGUGGAUACGAGCUCUAUUAGUUUCACCUGGGGCGCUCCCACAGACCGUGUGACCAACUACAGGGUUUUGUACACCAGUCCAGUGGAGGGUGAACGUGAGCUGUACCCAGCACCUCGUGGCUCCGACACCAGCGCUGUGAUCCCUGGCCUUCGCCCCAACACUGAGUACACCAUCCAGGUCAUUCCUAUACAGGGACGUACACCCCUACCAACACUGGUGGGAAAGCAAGCAACAAGAGGCCCCACAGCCGGCAGUGGUGAGCACCCUACCGACCUCUCCUUCACUGACGUGGAAACGAACUCUAUUAGUUUCACCUGGGACGCUCCCACAGACCGUGUGACCAACUACAGGGUUUUGUACACCAGUCCAGAGGAGGGAGAACAUGAGCUGUACCCAGCACCUCGUGGCUCCGAAACCAGCGCUGUGAUCCCUGGCCUUCGCCCCAACACUGAGUACACCAUCCAGGUCAUUCCUAUACAGGGACGUACACCCCUACCAACACUGGUGGGAAAGCAAGCCACAAGAGGCCCCACAGCCUCUGGGCCGGUCCCUGCUCCCACAGUCAUGCAGUUCUCUGAGGUGGGCCCCACCUUCUUCACCAUCACCUGGAUCUCUCCCAGCAUUAGGCUGACCGGCUACCGCGUGGUGGUCAGUCCCAAGAACAACCUGGCCCCCUCCAAGGAGCUGAACGUGGCCCCUGACUCGAGUCGCGUCACCGUGCCAGGACUCAUGGUUGCCACCCCCUACAUUGUAUACGUAUACGCCCUGAAGGAUUCUUCCACCAGUCCACCCCUGACUGGAGAGGUCACCACCACAGACAACCUUAGCCCGCCCCGCCGGGUGAAGAUGUCUGAGGUGAGGGACGCCUCCAUCACGCUCACCUGGAGGGCUAAGAUUGAGCCGAUCACCGGCUUCCUCAUCGAAGCCAUCCCUGACGACCGCAGAUACCCCACCAUCAGCAAGAGUAUCCCCGAGGAGGCAAGAACGUUCACCUUAACAGGGCUCCAGCCUGGCACCGUCUACACCAUCAACAUGUACACCCUGAAUGGAAACUCCCGUAGUCCCCCAUUCACCCUCACUGUGUCCACACCUGCUCCAGCGGUUAAUGCUCCCACCGACCUCCAGUUCACCUCCACCACCCCCACCUCCAUCUCGUUCUCUUGGCGCCCCCCAACCACACGCAUCACAGGAUAUUACGUCACCUAUGAAGAGGCUGGGAGCAGGCCCCGUGAGGUCACCCCCAGACCACAUGCUGGCCAGAACUAUGCCACCAUUAAUGGGUUGAGACCAGGCACUGAGUACAUCAUCAGGAUUAUCGCACUCCAGAAUGGACAGAGAAGCUCACCACUGGUGGGCAAGACCACAACUCAAUUUGGCUCGCUUCCGCUGCCACUGCCACCCUCACGCCCUGACAACAAAGACGGACUGGACGUGCCCAACGUCGACGACAACAGUGUCCAGGUUGUGGGCACCAAUGGCCAGGACACGCUAGGGGGUCAGGGCACGAAUGUCGAGUACACCGAGUACAACCAGCCAAACCUGCCCUACCGGCCCCAGGUGCCCCAGAGGCCCCACCAGCCGCUGGUCUACAUCCCUAAGGCGGGGCCCGAUGGGGUCAGGGUGCCGGUUGUGCAGGUGAGUGAAGGUCCUGGCCACGGGCUUCCUUAUGGUUUUCCAGAGAACGACACAGGGCGACCCCAGGAGGCGCAGACGCAGACCGUCAUCACCUGGCAGCCGUUGCCGCAGAGCUCUGCCUACGAGGUGCACUGCGAGCCACUCACCCACCGCAACGAGAAAACCUUCCAGAUGAGUCUUCCGGGCACCUCUACAAGUGCUACCCUGAUCGGCCUGACCUCUGGGGCUUCCUACAACGUCAUUGUUGAGGCCUUGAAGGAUGCUCUUAGGCACAAGGUGUUUGAGGAGGUCGUCACAGCAGGCAACACUGUAUCUGAAGGGCUCCCGGCCAAUGGGGAUUCCUGCUACGACACCUUCACGGCCACCUCUCACAACGUGGGCGAGGAGUGGGAACGCAUGUCUGAGACUGGCUUCAAGCUCUGGUGCAGAUGCCUGGGUCUUGGCAGCGGGCACUUCAGAUGCGACUCUUCCAAAUGGUGCCAUGACAACGGCGCGAACUACCGGAUUGGUGAGAGGUGGGACCGACAGGCUGAGAAUGGUCACAUGAUGAGCUGCACCUGUCUAGGCAAUGGCAAGGGAGAAUUCAAGUGUGAACCACAUGAGUCUACCUGCUACGACGAUGGAAAGAUGUAUCACAUAGGCAACCAGUGGCAGAAAGAAUAUCUUGGAGCCAUCUGCACUUGCACAUGCCAUGGUGGACAACAGGGAUGGCGUUGUGAGAACUGCAUACGGCCUGGAGGAGAUGCCACCCUAGUCCACCCGGUUCGUGUGAACUCCCACAGCAGCUAUGGAGAUACAACUCUCAGCAGAGUGAACAUUCAGUGCCCCAUUGAGUGCCUCCGUCCUGACCUCCUCGCAGAUGCGAUCGCUCCAAAUAACCCCAACGAGUGAUCGCCGCUGCCUGAAGCGAUGUGUCGCAACCCCCUUGCACCCAAAGACCCGCCGUUUGCAGCGGUCCACCCGGCGGACAUCUUCCACCGAAUCCAGACGUGACGAAUGAGAUUGUAUUAACACACAUUAGUGCCUUAACACCCCCCCCC